AAUAGCUGAUUAUCAUAACUGCUCUGUCAUUAUAUAAUUGUAAUUUCAUUUGUCAUUAUAUUUGUGGCAAAAUAAUCGUCAAUACAUUCAAAGCCAAUGUAUCAGUGAUUUAGACAUCCGUUUGUCUCCAAUUGAAUCUCAAUCUCAACGCAAAGAGCUUUCAAAACAAGUUUUUAUAUUUCAUGUAUUCUUCUUUUUGUCUCACUUUUAUUUAAUCACUUCUUUUAUACUUAAUUUGUAUUCAAUGGACAGUUAAUUACUAUUACUGUUAUUACCGUUAUUUUGAUUUCAUUGAAUUGAACCCAAGUAUCAAAUACUGAAAACAAAUGAUGAAAAUAUUUAUUUAACGAGUAAAUUGUCUAAAUAUUGAAACAAAUUUACAUGUAUUGUAUUGUUGACAAGAUAUGUAAAUAAUUGACUCAAUUAACAAAUAAUGUCAUUUCUGCGAGCGUUAGAGAGGGGAACCUCACCAAUAGACUGGUGUGAAACCAAUUAUAGAUAUUCUCCACUUAUCGCUGAAUUCAUUAAUACGGUAUCGAAUAUACUUUUCCUUUUACUGCCGGCGCUAUUGAGCCAACUCUUCAAACAAUACGCGCGAACCGUUAACCGCGGAGUUUACCUCAUUUGGGUGUUGUUCGCAACGGUGGGCAUCUGUUCCGCCUAUUUUCACGCCACUCUAAGUCUUGUCGGACAACUACUCGACGAGUUGGCCAUUCUAUGGCUAAUGGCGGCAGCAUUUGGGAUGUGGUUACCCCGAAGACACUAUCCCUCAUUUCUUAAAGGCGAUCGAAAGAACUUCCAGUUUGUAAUGCUUGUGAUGAGUCUGUUUGGGACAGUACUCGCGUGGGUCUACCCGUGGAUCAAUUGUUUCGCACUCAUGGGUUUAGGAGUUCCGGCAUUUGUCUUCCUUGCGCUCGAACUCAAAGCGUAA